UUGGUUUGUUUCGUGAACUUGGAGCGUCUGAGCUGGUUUCUUCUCUCUCUUUCUCUCUGUCUAUCGGUAUAUGAGUGUAUGUACGUAUAUGUACACUCGCAUCCCAUCGACAUCGAGAGAGAGAUUUCUCCCUUUUUCAUGUGGAUGCUCAACCUGUAAUCCCUCCCUCAUCUCUUUUUCUUCCCUCUUCACAAGCAAUAGACUUUCUUCUUUUUUACUACACAAACCCAGAAACUUUGCUUCAGCACCUUUUACUUGCAUAUUUAUAUACAUAUAGGUAUAUAUUAAGCCCAUUUCAUCUCCUCCUCCUCACCCUGUUUUUGGUUUCUUCUUCUGGUUGAUACUCAGAGCUGAAGAAAGGUUUCUGCUUUUGCUGUUAAAUUCCUAUGAAUAUCUCCUGAAUCUGUGUUCUUCUUUAAAGUUUUCUCUUUAUACAAUUAUGCACUAGAAAAGCACCUUCAAAAAGUUCCUUUUUUUUUUAUUUGAAAAAAAAAAGGUCUUUUUCUUUACCAACUCUCUCUCUCAUUUCCCACUUAUCUUCUCCACUUUUCAAUUCUACCCAUCUGAUUUUUUUUUCUUCAUCAAAAUCAAAAGGGGAAUACCUACUGAUUUUCAUUAUACAGAAAAGCUAAAACCCACUUAUUCUUUCACAGAAAUCAUGCAACAGUUCACCUUCGUUUCCACAUUAACAGCUGCCUUCAUGUUAUCUUUCAUGGUAUCUGAAACCCUCGCGGGUUUUCUGACCGAUCCAGUUUCCGCUCACGACCAGCCGCUCAAACCCGGAGAGUACUCCUCAAACACGGUGCCGGCCUUCCCUGUUCAAACCCAAGCACAAAGUUGCCGACUUGACCUCUCGGCCGAGCUAUUCGGCGGGGUCAACGAGGCCUGCGGGAGAAACCUUGACCGAAGCCGAUGCUGUCCGGUUCUAGCAGCGUGGCUCUUCGCGGCACAUGCGCGGUCAGCUCUUCAAGUUCCGGCUCCGGCUCCUGCGCCGGCGGAAGCUGAACCUGACCUUCCGAUGAUGCCUGACGAUUCGCAGAAGUGCGUGAACUCAAUGCAGAGCGCUUUGCUGAGCAAGAACGUGAAGAUUCCACAGCCGAAUGCGAGCUGUGAUGCUAUUCUAUGCUUCUGUGGGAUUCGGCUUCAUCAGAUCAGCUCGCUCAGCUGCCCCGCCGCCUUCAACUUGUCGUCGGGUUUCCAGAACGCCACACCGACGGCGGCCGUAAAGAAUCUGGAGAGAAAUUGUAGAAACUCUUCUUAUGCUGGGUGUACCAAAUGCCUUGGAGCUCUCCAAAAGCUAAAACGAGGCCACAAGAACGGGACGGCGGAGGACCGGCCAACGACCGAUAGAGCGAGUAAAAUGUUCGACAGAGAUUGCCAGCUGAUGGGGCUGACAUGGUUACUGGCUCGUAACAAAACGGCAUACAUUCCCACCGUUUCGGCGGUUUUACGAGCCAUAAUGUACAGUGCGCACCCUCCACACGAGUCGAAGUGCAGCCCGGAUCAGGAGAACAUGCCGUUGGCCGUUGACUCUCUACAGUUCGAGAAUAGUCAAUCAUCUUCUUCCUCGCUGGUUCCUGUUGUUGAAAGCACGAUUUUGCCCCUAAUCAUUUGGGUCUGGUUGUCCUUGUGUAGUAAGUAUAUGUGACUGUGAUACCUCAAGCUUCACGUGAAGCUAGAAGACAAACGGGCUGUUGGGGAUAUUUUUGUCUUUUUGCCCUCUCUGUAAAUUGAAAAUUUCCAGCUCGUUGUGAAUUUUAAUUUUGCCUUUUUCAGUCGCCA